AUGGGCUCUGUCGGCACCACUCUCCCCCACCCCUUCGACCCCCUCUCGCGGGAGGAAAUCGAAAACACCAUUUUCACAGUCAAGAAGGCCCACGGCGAUGUCUACUUCAACGUCGUCUCCCUCCAGGAGCCUCGCAAGGCUGAGAUGACAGCAUGGCUCGAGGACCCCAUCAACGCUCCCCGACCAAAGCGCCUUGCGGACGUCGUUGUCAUUGCACCUGGUGGCAAGGUGUACGAUGGACUAGUAAAUCCGGCCAAGGGCGAGAUCCUUUCGUGGGAAUGGGCUGAAGGCCAGCAACCUAUUAUCACCAUGGAAGAGCUCCAGAUUGUCGAACACAUCGUCCGUAAGGACCCCAAGGUCAUCGAGCAGUGCAAGAUAAGCGGCAUUCCCGAAGAGGACAUGGACAAGGUGUACUGCGACCCUUGGACAAUCGGCUACGACGAGCGUUUCGGCAGCUCAGUACGGUUGCAGCAGGCGCUCAUGUACUACCGCCCCGAGCUCGACAACUGCCAGUACCAGUAUCCUCUCGACUUCUGCCCCAUUUAUGAUGCCGACAAGCAGGAAAUUAUUGCCAUCGAUAUUCCCAAGAUCCGCCGGCCGCUCAGCAAGGCUCCCGCGUUCGACUAUCACCCGGCUGCCAUCGAGGCGAGGGGCGGUUUCCGCAACAACCUGAAGCCCAUCAACAUCACCCAGCCUGAAGGUGUCUCGUUCAAGCUGAACGGCAGGGAGAUUGAGUGGCAGAAUUGGAAGUUCCAUAUCGGUUUUAACUACCGCGAAGGUAUUAUUCUCAACAACAUCACCUUCAACGACCAGGGAAAUGUCAGGCCGAUUUUCUACAGACUUUCUCUGGCUGAGAUGGUGGUCCCUUACGGAAACCCCGAACACCCUCACCAGCGCAAGCACGCUCUCGACCAAGGCGAGUACGGCGCCGGCUACAUGGCCAACAGCCUGUCUCUCGGCUGCGACUGCAAGGGUUCCAUCCACUACCUCGACGCCGAGUUCCCCACCCGCGUGGGCGGCGUCCGCAACAUCAAGAACGCCAUCUGCAUCCACGAGGAGGACGCCGGCAUCCUCUUCAAGCACACCGACUUCCGCGACGACUCCGUCAUCGUGACGCGGGGCCGCAAGCUCAUCGUGCAGCAGAUCUUCACGGCCGCCAACUACGAGUACGUGGUGGCCUGGACCUUCCACCAGGACGGCACCAUCCAGCCCGAGAUCAAGCUGACGGGCAUCCUCAACACGUACGCCAUGGACCCGGACGAGGACACGCACGGCUGGGGCACGCAGGUCUAUACCGGGGUAAACGCGCACAACCACCAGCACUUAUUCUGCUUGCGCAUCGACGCCAACGUCGACGGGCCCCAAAACACCGUGUACGUGACCGACGCUGUCCCGGGUGAGGCCCCCGUCGGCAGCAAGGAGAACUUUUAUGGUAAUGCCUUCUACAACAAGCGCACCAAGCUCGCCACCACGGGCGAGGCCAAGACCGACUACAUCGCCCAGACCUCGCGCACCUGGGAGAUCUGCAACCCCAGCAAGCUGAACCCGUACAGCAAGAAGCCGGUGAGCUACAAGCUCGUCAGCCGCGAGGUGCCGCCCUUGCUGCCCAAGGAGGGCUCGUUGGUCUGGAAGCGUGCUGCUUUUGCUAGACAUACGGUCCAUGUUACCAAGUACCGUGACGACCAACUCUGGCCCGCCGGCCGGCACGUCCCCCAAACCUCAGGCGAGCCCUCGCGCGGUCUUCCGGAGUGGAUCGGCGACGGCACCGAGUCCAUCGACAACACCAACAUCGUUGUUUGGCAUACUUUCGGUGUCACCCACUUCCCCGCGCCCGAGGACUUCCCCGUCAUGCCGGCCGAGCCCAUGACCCUGCUGCUCCGCCCCCGCAACUUCUUUGCCCGGAACCCGGUGCUGGAUGUGCCCCCCAGCUAUGCGAGCACCCCGAGUCAGCUGCUGGCCAAGGGCGCGGGUGUGUAUGAUGCGGCGGAUAAGUUGAGUAAGUUGGCUUUUGAGGUGCCCGCGGGAGUGGAUGGUGAGGGGGUGAGUGGUGCGGGUAAUGGUGCUGGUGGUUCUUCAUGCUGUAAGAGUGGUGGUUGCCAGUGA